AUGUGCAAGAAGGCAGCAUGCGACGCCUGCAACAAAACCACGUGGUGGGGCUGCGGCAAGCACGUCUCCGGCGUUAUGAACCAUGUUCCCGCCGACGAAUGGUGCACAUGCACACCGCGCGUAACAGUCGAAGAUAAAGCCUACCCACCCAUGGGCACCCUCGCGGCUGCGUGA